GUAAAAGAAACCGUUUGUGAAAACAUCUGAUGGAAAGGAUAUCUGAAUUCAAUAUCAUUAAGAACAAAAGAGGUUGCAAUGUUAUCUCACAAACUGUGAAUAUUCAACAUAUUAAUGUAUAAACAGGCAAAGUGUGUGGGUCAGCUGUUCCUAUACAACCCUACGAACGGGCAACAGUCUAAUAGGACGCGUUCGUAACUACUUCUAUUUUCGCUUUCACAGAGGUGACACGAUAUGCAUAUAUGGUUUGAAAUAAUUUAUUCAAACUGAACUUAGAAAAAGCAACUUCAUAAUAGCAAUUUACUUGUCAAAAGAAGCAUUAAUUGCUCCCUUAAAAUACAGUUGAUGUGUUUGGUUCACGAAUUCAAAGAGGAACAGCAAGAUAUCUGAAAACAUGAMGGCGACUAAAAGUGAGAAAAACCAAGAACAAACAGGGAAAUCGCAWGAUGAAAAGRCGUCGUUGAAGCAAGAUGAAGCCACAGACUCCAACACAUCUUGUAGYAAAGUCAACAAGGAUUUAAUAGUUCCGAAAUUCUCGUUCUUCUUCUUCUACAUGGCAAUGGGCGCCUUUCUACCAUACCUUGGUGURUAUUAYAAGCAGCUMUGGUUGAACGCGAGAGAGUCGGGAAUUCUCCUYGGUAUUCGACCKUUUAUUAAGAUGCUUUGCUCACCAAUGUGGGGUAUGUUAACAGACUAUCUCCACAAACCAAAACUUAUACUGCUCUUUUCAGUUCUUGGUACAAUGGUCGCUCAUUGGUCUCAAAGCAUUGUAUCACCGUUUGUUCUGCCAUGUUAUGAAAAGAACACAACGAGUGUUGUUUCUGUUAAAACAAGAUCUAUCAACCAACURAUUGCAGACGAACCUGACUUUGUGAUUGAUAAWGCUAAAGAACUUGAGCCUAGGUUUCCUCUAUAUGAUAGAAAUCAGGAAAACGAGUUGGGAAAUGAAGAYAAGGGUCAAGGUCCAUCRAUGUGGAAGCCCGCCAUGUGGGAAAGCAAAACGAACAAGAGAAAAAAUAUACAUUUUGCAAAGAAAAUUAUGAUUAAAAAUACAAAAGUAAAAUCCCCAAAGCCGAGCCAUGAUUUCAGAAUAAGAGACAAUAAGAAGAUUUAUCUAACUUUACUAAUAUUGAUCAUAUUUGGWGAGAUGGUAGCUGCACCAGCUCCCAUGUUGACKGAYAGCGGGACAUURAACCUCCUUACUGGCCGUGAACACGAGUAUGGAAAGCAGCGACUAUUUGGUUCUUUUGGAUGGGGAUUCGGGUCAUUACUGUCUGGWGCUAUUGUWACAGCGUUUCAUUCCUGUCCAUACUCUGAUAACAUCAACUAUGUUCCAGUUUUCUAUGUUUUUGCUGUGGCUAUGUUCUUGGCGUUCGUUGUUACAUGUUUCUUUAAAUUCACUAGUUCUCAUGAGAGCCAUCACGAUGAMUCAAGAGCGCAGAAUUGUAUUCGAGGAUUAAUGCUUUUUAAAAACGUAAAAAAUGCCGCCUUUAUUUUCGUAUUAUUCUUUCUUGGAUUUCUKCACAGUCUCAAACUGUCGUUUCUGUUCUGGUUUCUACAAGACAUCGGUGGCACUCCAAUCCUUUUCACGCUGAUUCAGCUUGUCAGUUCAUUGUCGGAGGUGAUUUUGUUUUUUGUGGCUACGUACAUCGUUAGAAAACUCGGCCAUGAUGCCGUACUGUAUGCAGGGUUAUGGAUCUAUGCUGUCAAGUACUUGCUGUACUCUUAYAUUGAACACCCUUGGUAUGUUUUACCCAUUGAAAGUYUACAAGGUGUGACUUAUGGUUUGGUAUGGACAGCAAGUGUGUCGUAUAUUACCUCGUCACCAGGCUCCGGCGCAACCAUUCAAGGCAUCAUCCAUGGAGUCUACUGGGGACUAGGGUUUGCCGUUGGUGGAGUGGUUGGUGGUUUYCUGGUUCAUGUGAUUGGCGCUCGCWCAACCUUCAGGCUAAUGGCCGCUUUUUCGUUGGGAAUUCUUAUCAUCUUCUUUACUUUAAACAAUUUGUACGAUAGAACUCACUCGGGYUACAUGGAGGUAUCAACGGAAGAAAAGAAGGACAAGAAAAACAAAAGCAAAGAUUAACAGAAAUUUGAAURAAAUKUYAAAUAUUGAAAAUUAWAUAAGGAAGGAGACAGRGAGUCGAAAAAAAUUAACUUUAAGAAAAGCCAAWAUAUGAAAAUUUAAGAACUUAGCAUUUCAAAUGCUCGGAGGGCCAUACUCUAAACAUCAAUGGAUUGAUUUUGAUAAUAUAUUCAUAGAUCAAUAUGUUAUUUAAUAGCUAGAUCAAGUGCGCGCAAUGUGGGUGUCCAUGCGUAAUAUAGAAGUGUCCACAGAAUAAAAAAUUCCCAAAGGUAUAGUAAAGGUGUUCGUAAUAUAACGCAAUGGUGGUAAAGACAUAUUUUAUUUUGUAAUAAAGCGAGGAUCAUUUAAAUCAAAUUAAAAGUUUAAUAAAUGUCA